AUGUCGAUAAACAAUAAUGAAGUGGUUGUGGAUGAGAUACACAUGGCUAUAAAUGAUGACCAUAGCGGUGAUGCUGAGAGGUCAACUUUAUCAGAGAAUUUGGUAGAAGAAUCCUUUGACCAUGAGAGUGAUGAAGAAAUGCUUGACUCUGAGGAGAUUCGAGACACAGCCAAGAUAUUAAUGAGGAAAUUACCUUCCAAAUUUUUGUUACAAUACGAGGAAGAUACUUUCCUUCUAUUUGAUUACGAUGAAAGUGAUGAAACGCAUGAAAAUGAUAACGAUUCUCAAAACUCUUAUCCAAUAAUAUGUGAAGAUAUUGAUGCUUGUCAUGAAUCAUUUAAAUCUUUAUUAAUCAUUAUCAGGAAGUUUAUGCAAGGCUACUAUACUGGUGUAACGUUAGGAGCCAAAGAAAUAGUAGUCAGUAUUCCAAUUUUGGAUUUAAUAAUAUACGAGGAUAAUAUGUAUAAUGAUCAGGUAACGUUUAACGACCUAGAGACUAUUUUUCAAACAUUACAAAAAAGAUCGUUGGAAAAUAACGAGGAAUCUAUCCCAAAAUAUCUUAGUGGAAUCAUUACCACUAGACCAAGAUUUGUAUCGAGAUACAACACUUUGGUUGAACUUACAGAAGGAACUGCAACAUUGAAGAACAUCAAGCCUUUUUUCAAUGACGAAGAUAAUCCGGUGGUACUAGAUGACGAAUAUGAUGAGCUGGAUAAGUCUAAUGAGGAGAAAGGGAAGAAUGAUCAAAUUGCCAUUUUGGAUGACUGA